AGUGCCCUCAAUUCCAAAUAGUCAUCCUCUCAUAUGCCAAAUUGGUAUAAAUAGAACGCACUUGCUUGAGCUAGUUGUACACUCCCAAAGAAAAGCAGAAUCACUCACUCCUUCAUCAACCUCAAACCCAAAUUCUCUCAAUAUCCUCUUCCAAUUUCAAUGGAUUCCUCCAUUUUCCAUUCUCCAAUUUCUGACGUUUCCUCCAACUCUUCCUUCAAUUCGCCGGAACGCCGCCACCCGUGGACUGCCCCUAACCUCGGCCCUGCCUCGCUUCCCUUCAACGAGAACGACUCCGGGGAAAUGCUCCUCUUGGAUCUCCUUACCGAAGCGUCUCGAGGGACAUCCGAGACAUUCUCCCCUGCCCGAAUUAAGGAAGAGGAAGUGUCGUCACGGGAGCGAGAGAACAAUCCCCACGAGGGGAAGUCCUACCGGGGGGUGCGGAAGCGGCCGUGGGGGAAGUUUGCCGCGGAAAUCCGAGAUUCCACUAGGCACGGCGUCCGGGUCUGGUUAGGCACCUUCGACAGCGCCGAGGCGGCGGCCCUGGCUUAUGACCAGGCUGCCUUCUCGAUGCGGGGGAGCGCCGCCGUGCUGAAUUUCCCCGCGGAGCUGGUCCGGGAGUCGCUCAUGGAGAUGAGAUUGGCGGGCUGCGAUCGGGACGCUGGGUUCUCCCCAGUGGUGGCCCUCAAGAAAAGGCAUAGCAUGAGGAGGAAAAUGUUGGGCUCGAGGAAGAAGGAGAGAGGAGCGACGAGGGUCGAGAACCUCGUCGUUUUGGAGGAUCUGGGGCCGGAAUACUUGGAGGAGCUCAUGAGCAGUAGCUCUACAUACGACUGUGUUAGUGCACAUAGGUGAACAGGCAGAUUCCAUUUCCGGCUUCACUUACAACUGUUUUCUUUUUUUUUUUUUUUUCUUUUUUUUUUGGUAUGUCUAGAUGCUUUGUGUAUUUGGAUUUUGGGGUUGGUUAGUGAAGAGAUAAAUCCGAUUAGGAAAUCGCCAAUGACGUGCAGCUUUAUUUGAUCACAUCUGUAAAGAUUGGAAAAGGACAAAAAUGUCGAAAUGGAUGAUUGCUACGUCGUGGGGGUUGAUGUUUCGCAGGUUAGUAAAGGUUUGGCAGAAGCUUUUCUUUCGCAGGGUUUUCUUGAAUCCUUAAAAAAGUCGGUUUGGGUCGCACUCAAGUUCUUAUUCAAUCCUAACAUGUAUACCAAAUCUCGUACCGCAAUUAAAUAUGUCUUGUCGACAAAUCGACGUAUUUCUAA